AUGGCCGUCUUCUCCUUCUACAUAUUCGACCGGCACACCGAAUGCAUAUACACCAAGUCAUGGCUCCCUGCCCAACGGCCCUCCUCGCGCACCGCCAACAGUGCCUCCGACGACGCUAAGCUCAUCUUCGGAACCGUCUUCUCCCUGCGCAACAUGGUCCGCAAGCUCGGCGGCGACGACGACGCCUUCAUCACCUACCGCACCGGCCAGUACAAGCUUCACUACUACGAGACACCCGCCAAUUUGCGCUUCGUCAUGCUGACCGACACCGGAUCGCCGAGCAUGCGCAACGUGCUGCACCAGAUAUAUAUCAACCUCUGGGUCGAGUACGUUGUCAAGAAUCCGCUGGCCCCUGUUGAACACAAAGGCGGCGAGGGGGUCAACAAUGAGCUGUUUGAGAUGGGCUUGGACCAGUUUGUUCGUGGUUUGAUGUGA